GAGAGACUGGCACAAGGCGAGGGCGUAAGCAACGAGGCCAACACUGCCGAGGAGAAGCCGCUAAACUCCCUACUACAGCGCACACAGUACACAGCCCAGAGCCUAGCAGCGACCAUGACGGAGGCCUUCAUGGGAUACAGCGAGGACUUCGAGCAGUGCCGCGACGACGCCAUGUCUGACAUCCGCGCCAUCCCCAAGGCGCGCAGCCCCGGCGAGCGCAACGACCUCACGGAGCGCGCCCAGGGCAACAUCUCGGAGGCCGAGCGCUACAUGCGCAUUCUCGAGAGCGAGUCGCGCGCCGGCGACUCGCAGGACCGGCGGCGGAUGCACCAGCAGCUGCGCACGUUCAAGUCGCAGCUGGACAAGCUCAAGGCCAACCUGGAGCGCUCCAAGCUCAUGGACGGCAGCCAGCAGCGCCAGCAGGCCAGCGCGCCGCAGGACAACGUGGCGCGCUACCAGCAGCGCACGGACCGCAUCGACGACCACCUGACGGACGCGCAGAACAUCAUCGCGCGCACGGAGGCCACGGCGCAGAACAUCAACAACAACCUGGCCGACCAGCGCGAGCAGCUCAUCAACGUGCGCACCAACGUGGACGCCACGCGCGAGGACACAGCAGAGGCCGGCAUGCACCUAAAGAAGCUCAAGUGCAAGAUGGCGUCGCAGAUCGUCUUCCUCUACGUCGUCAUCCUCGGCCUCAUCGUCGUGAUCAUCUGGCAGGUCAUCUCCAAGUUUACAUAAGCCGAAGCUGCACAUGGGGCGACGCCAUGCUCUGCGUGGACGCUGGGACAAUGGGGUUCAAAUGGACGCGACUCGCUGCUGGGCUGGCGGAGAUCACCCUGUACGACACAUUUUUGCGUGUAACUAAGAACAAGGUGAAUGCAUUUAUAUCGAG